GUAAACACCUCCUCAAAAUGCUCACGGCUUCCUAAUGGCCACCAUUCGAAAACUCUCAACUUUCCGUCAACUCUCCCUCGACUGCGACUCCCCGAGCCGCAAAUCCCUCAAAAAGCAAUUCUCCGAGGAAAAAACCCGCGACCGGCCUCAUCCCAUCCGAAUCGCCUGGGCGGAGAGCCCCUCGCCCAAAGAGGAGGGAGUCGUCGCGAAAAAAUGCCUCAAAGAAGCGAAAAAGCCCCCAAAGUUGAGUCGACACAGCUCGCUGGAGAAGGACUCCAUCCUCUACUCCAAACAGGAGUUGGCGGAGAGGUUGCGACAAGCCCUCAAAAGCCGGGAGAAACCCAACUUGGACAUUUUUCUGGCACACAACACGCAAAUUGAGGACGAGGUGGAGGAGACCAUCUCCAAAGAGCCUCCGAAAAUCAUCCCGCCACUAACCGCCCCCACAGACGUCUUCCAAAUCAAGAAAAACAAGUCGAGUGCGAUUGUUGUGAUACCAGGGGUGGAGAACGACCCUCAAAGCCUCGAAGACGACUCCAUCUCCGACCAGCAGGACCCCAAAGCUAUCAAAAAUGUGAUAAUAAGACCUGCCACGGCCGCUGCCAAACGAGAAAAGUUUCAAAAGAGGAGCAACACAGCUUUCAAUUCGGUUAUUCGACCACCGUUGGUGAGGUCCUCUUCAGCGCCCACAAAACCCGACCAAAAACCCAAAUUUCUCGCCACGAAGAGGAAAAUCAAGUCGGGGAAAGUCAAAGGAAAGACGAGUGAUGAUGAAGAUAGUGGAAGUAACAAAGAAAAUCCCAAAAAUAAGAAGGAAAUGAACAGAUAUGUGGCUGUCAACGGCAGCGAUAUAGUAACGAUGGUCUCGCUUACCAGCCCCGCCGCCAGCGACACCGAAGACCCCGACCUCGACCUGAAGCCCAAAAUCAAGACCUCCCCCGCGAAAACCCCCGUCAUCAAAAAAGACGAAAAAGACCAAUCGAAAACCGUGUCCUUGCGAAAGACCGUCAAAUCGGUCUCGUUCCAGUCAUCGACCAUACAUGCCAUCAGAAGUUUCUCGGCGAGCUUUCCAGGCAGACGCGGUUCCAUGGCCAUGGCUCUGACAGUGGGAAACGCCGUCAAAAACCAGAAAAACCAAGAAAAAAGGGCCACGAAUUCGGCGCCCUCUGAGGACGAGGACAGAGGGCCGAAACGCAGGCUGGUGAGAAGCGCAACCGACAAAACGCAAAAAAGUGGAGAUGUGAAAAUCGAAGCUGAAACCGACAUCAAAGUGGCCAUAAAAACGAAAGUUGUUGAAUCGCCCCCACCACCUGACAUUCCUGAACCGAAAGAAGAGGAAAAAACCGAAAUCGCGGACGACGACCAACCGAAAUUCGGUUCGGUUAAGGAAAAAGAGUGUUGGGAGAUGUACUGCAAGAUGGCGGAUCGCGGCCUCAAAGUCUCAUAUGAUACUAUUCUCAGGGGGAUGUUGACCCCAACCGAGUAUAGAAUGCGAAGAAAGGAGAGUAUCACACCCCUUGUUACCGACGAAACAAACACGCAAUAAAUUGUUGAUUAGUUUAGUCGUAGGCGGCGACGAAACGCCAUGUACUUCCCCCAUAGUCCUGAGAUUUGUUCAAUGCUUGUUAUAGACGGAUUUUUAUACGGUUUCUUUUUAUAGAGGCAAAUAAUUUUAUACAACGUGUACGCGACAAACGCACAACUUAUAUUUUAUAG